AUGCAACUAACUUAACUUCGUAACGUGCUUCAGAGCAUUCCGGUUGGCCGCAGUUGCUCGUUUAAAAACGUCAUCUUGGCUAGUAGCUGCUGGCUAAAAUAAUAUUCUUGUAAAUAUACCGAUCACCACCGUUUACGGGUGGUGAUGAUAACGAGACAUUCGUAGAAAUGGCGACGGCAUUAGAGCAGUUUGUAAAUAAUGUGCGGACGCUUUCGAAGCAAGGUAACUUCCGAGAAUUAUAUGAGAUUAUAAAUAAGAGUACUGAUGUACUAAUGAAAAAUGGACAACACUUAGAUAAUGUUUUGGAAACAUUGGACUUGCAACAACACUCUCUUGGGAUUUUGGCAGUAUUGUGCGUUAAAUUUUCAUUGCCUAAUCCCAGUAGUACCAAUAAUCCUGAUGCAUAUAAGCCAUUAUUUAAUCAGGUUCAAGAAUUUAUUAUAGGGUGCAAUAGCGAACAAGUUCAGUUUGCACCCGAUACAUAUGCAGAACUAUGUCAUUUACUCACUCAAACUCUAGUUGAAUUGCAAGUGCCGUUACGUGGUAUAGAAUUACUGCGUAGAGCUAUACGUAAGAUCCAACUAUUUGAUAGUCAGCUAACUUCGAUACAUGCCGAUCUCUGCCAAUUAUGCCUUCUGUCUAAGUGUUUUAAACCAGCGCUUGAGUUUCUUGAUAUUGAUGUUACUGGUAUUAGCCAGGAAGGUGGACAAUUUGACUCAAAGUUUUUUUUACUUUAUUAUUAUUACGGUGGUAUGAUAUAUACAGCACUGAAAAAUUAUGAUCGUGCAUUAUAUUUCUUUGAAGUGUGUGUAACGACUCCUGCUAUGGCCGUCAGUCAUAUUAUGUUAGAGGCCUACAAGAAAUAUAUUCUGGUCUCUUUAAUAUUGCAUGGAAAGAUCUUAAAUUUACCUAGGUACACAAGUCAGGUAGUAAAUAGGUACAUCAAACCAUUAAGUCUACCAUAUCAAGAAUUAGCAACAGCUUACCUGACGAAUAAUUGUGAAGAAGUGCUGACCGUUAUUAGAAAAUACCAAGAACUUUUUGUAAGAGAGCACAACUCGGGAUUAGUUAAGCAAGUGCUCAGCUAUUUGUACAAAAAGAAUAUACAGAGGCUGACAAAAACUUUCUUGACACUUAGUUUAAGUGAUGUCGCAAGCAGAGUUCAGCUGGCUGGCCCUUCAGAUGCAGAGAAAUAUAUUUUAAAUAUGAUAGAAGAUGGAGAAAUUUUUGCGACUAUAAAUCAGAAGGAUGGUAUGGUAGUAUUUCACGAUGAUCCUGAAAAAUAUAACUCACCGCAAAUGUUAGCUAAACUUGAGAAAGAAAUGCAAACGUGUGCAGAAUUAGAUAAACGAGUGCUCGAAAUGGAAGAGGAGGUUGUUCUUACACCACAAUAUGUUCGAAAAACUUGUGGUCAAAACGAUCAGGACGAUCAAACAGUUGGACCCACAAAUGUCACAAAUGGUCAAGCUCAGUUGAAACAUAACACGUACUCUAUGUAACAUACAUACGUCGUUGUGCAUUAUCUUUAUUAAAAAAGAAAGAAAUUAACGAAAAAGUCUUGUUAAAGGCCAAGCACAAGUACAUUUUGAAGCCUGUUUUGGGUGAAAUAUAAAAAUCUGUCAAAAUUUGGCUAAAAUAAUCUAUUUUGUACAAAGAUUACAAGACUACGAUUAACAACUUGUAAAGUUCUAAACAAUAAGAAAUUAAGGCUGAAACUAAUCGCAGUUCAUCGAUUCUAGAGUUUUUCUUUAACAGUUGUAUUGACGCUCAUACGUGUAAAAUACAAUUUAAAAACAACAUAUAACAAAAACACAAACGUAAGAUAAUAAAAAAGAAGUGUAGUACAGUAUCUGUAUAAAGUUACCAAUAUGCUUUAUCUCAUAAUUAUUAUUGAGUUCGUUUUAAUUUGCAUAUAAAAUAUAUCAUGAAAGAAUUAACAUCUGAAGCAGGCUUUAUAAGAAAAUUAAGUAGUAUGAUUAAAAUAUUGUGGUAGUUAUCCACGAGAGGUCGUAUUGUUUUGAAAAAUAAGGACAUACACGCUGUUUCAUACAUGAGCAUUUUUAACACUAAAAGUAAACCUAAUAAAUUAUUGAAAUAG